GUAAUAGGGCCCUGGCUAGAAUCACCGAACGGCGUCGGGGAUUUAGCCGCAACUGUUUUUAAAACGUGCAUAUUAGGGCAGUAGUGCUAGACGCUUAUGUCAGAGUCGAUUUUGUAAUAUAUUAUUACAGUAUGUCAGUUUAUACUUGACCCAGUUCCCACGAGUGUCGCCAGAGUAUUGUCGCGGUAAUUGCCGGUCUGUGAUUAUGUCUUCAACGAGGUAGUUGCACAGAAACCUGUUACCACGUUUGAACGGCAAGCUCGAUGGUACAAUUCUGAAGUGAGUGAAGUGGCGUACUUUUACGACUUUCCUCUUCCGAGAAACUUUGAACCUCUUUCUCUCGAGUGCUUUUUAGAAAUUUAAAUGUUUUGAGUAGUUCAUCUGUUUCAAGUUUCUUGUACUGACCCAAAUGAUGUGGGAAGUAAUUGAAUAUCUCAAAGACCCUCAUUUAGUUGCCCUCGUUCAAGAAUAUUAUGGUGUUAAAGUUACUUCUGAACCUCCAAACUGUAGAGGAUGUAGCAAAAACACAGAUGUUGACUCUGAUAGUGGAAAUGGUACAUGCCACUUGAAAGAUGAAAUAAAAAACCGCAAAAUAAAUCAUUCAUUUCAACAUAGACUAGAAGAUAACGGUGAAUAUGUAGUUAAUAGAGCUGAUGAAAGCAUUAAACACAAUGGUUACCUCUUGAAUCACGAUGAUUAUGAAACCGUAUCUUCUGAAUCAGAAACAGAGUCAAAAGAUUUCAUUGUAACAAAUUGGCUGUGGUAUUAUGUAUUUGUACUUGGAACUGCAUUAGGUGAUGAAAUAUUUUAUGCUUCGUUCAUUCCUUUUUGGUUUUGGAACAUUGAUGGUGCUGUUGGUCGGCGUGUUGUACUCGUGUGGACUAUUGUAAUGUAUAUUGGGCAAGGAAUAAAAGAUAUAGUUCGAUGGCCACGCCCUGCAUGUCCACCUGUAGUUCGUUUACAAAAAAAAUGGGCUUUGGAAUAUGGAAUGCCAUCUACUCAUGCCAUGGUUGGCGUCUCCAUUCCGUUCUCUGUUAUUCUUUAUACCAUGAACAGAUAUCAGGACAUUGUUGUGGGAGUACUACUAGCUCUUCUCUUGAUGAUACCAGUUGUCCCUCUUGUCGAUGCUUUGGAUUACUAUUUGUUGACGAAAGAGUGGUCUCCAAUAUUCCUUUUUUCAAUUGCCAUUUUACUAGUGGUAUUCUAUCCUAGUAGUGACCGCUGGACCCCUACAAGGGGUGACACAACCAUGGUUGUAAGUGUUUGCGUAGGAGUACAUGUUGGAGCAUGGAUGAAUUACCAAUUAGGAAUUUUGCAGGAGUCAUCUCUUACUCCACCAUAUGCUAUUAUCUGGCCUUCUUAUCCUAUGAUGGGUCUUGGGGCUCUCAGAACAGUUAUUGGAUUUUGCUGCAUAAUAGCAACCAGAGCAUUGUGCAAAUCAGCUUCAUAUGCUACUAUAUGUGCUCUUCUGAGACUAAAUUCACAAGAAAUCAAAAAAUCACAAAAUACUAUUGAAAAUACACAAAAAAUUACUGUGGAACUAAGUUAUAAGUUCAUAACAUAUGUUUUAAUGGGCUUUAACACAGUGUAUCUGCUUCCUAAUGUAUUUCGAUUAAUAGGAAUCGAACGACCAACAUUUUAUACAGAAAUUUAAUUGUUGUUACUAUAUUAUUGACAAAACUAUAAGUGUGUCUAAUGAUAUGAAGUAAUUUAAUGCUUUUCAAAAUGUUUUUUCAAAAACAAAUAAUAGUGAUUUAGGGUGGUAACAAAUGAGUACAAAGUAUUCUGAUACAGUAUUCCACGUUUUGAUUUUUUGACACCUGCAAUUUAAUAGUAUAAUAUUGUGAGUAAAUUAUACCAAAGUAUUCAAAAAACAACAUUCACUAGAUCAGUCUGUGAAUAUAUUAAUGCAUUGUUGAAAAACCUUGUGAGAACGCUUACUACAGUUAGGUUGCAAUAUACUUCAGUAAGCUAUACUUCUUUUUAUGCUAUUAAAGUUAUCUUUAUUUAUGCUCAUUUUAGCUAUUCACCAAAGAGUACAGACUUUCAACCUGUAUAAACAAAAUUUUGAUCUUGUUGAAAUUUAAAUGAAAGUCACUUGUUUUCAUCUUCGUGUACAUUAAAAUUUAGAUGGAACAUAGUAAUUUUCUCAGUUGUAUAUUAUUUUAUAUUGUUCAAUUAGCUACUUAAAUUCAAGUAGAGCAAAGAUGUAUGUUCUUCCAAUGGUAUCUUGUCUUUUUUCUUAUGAUUGUAAUGGAAUUUUAUGAUCAAUUUCAGCAAAUGGUGAGAAUUUAGAAGACUGCAUUGUAGUUUCCUUUUUGUGUUUAAAUUUUAGUUGCAUACAUAUAAUAUAUUUUGUUCAGUAUACUCCCUCUUGUAAAUACUCUUCAAAUAUUUUUGUUAAACUUCUGAUUUAUAAAUGAUUAUUUAUUAUGUCAUUAAUUUUAGUUAGCUUGUGAAGACUUAAGUUUGGAGAAUGAACGUUUUCAUUUUUUAAUGUAAUAGUUGAAAAUUGCUUGAAAUUGUAACACCUCAAAUUUUUGAUUCUGCAAGUUGACUAAAAAAACAUGAUUUGACUGUAUUUUGGAUAAAUAUACUAUAAAAUGUUAUAUAAUUAUAAAUUAUAAUCUGGUUAUUAUUGUGUUGAUAAAUAUUUGUAAUAUAUUGCUAUCUAAUAUUUUUACAAGAAAUUGCUAUUCAAAUAAAUAUUUUUGUAGAUUUUCAUCAAAUCAAUAACAUGUUACUUUGUUUAAUAUUAUUUUAAAAAUUACUGCUAGGCUUGCUUCUUUGAAUGAUUGUUUUAUUUUUUGCUUCUGUUUUUUAGCAAUAGAAUAAUGUAUUUAUUGCAUAAAUCUUAUUCAUAAUUUGAUAUUUGACAUUCUUUUAUUACAUAUAGUCUCUACAGUUCACUACGUUUCCCGUCCAAUACAUCUGGUAAUCUAACCAUUCUUUGGUCUAUUCAUGAAAUAUUUACUUUGAGUACAUUUGAGAGAGAAUGAUGUUUAUAUCCAUGCUGAAGCUCACUGUAUGUUCUUGAUUUACAGAAUGUGUUCUAUGAAUAUAUAUGACUGUGUAUUUGAAUACACACAUACAUAAAUAUACAGUACCCUUAUUGUACAUUUACUUUUGUGAAAUAUGUGUAUUAAUAAACAGUGAUUUGUUCUGGUAGCUGUGCUGGUAGGUGUGGUUCUUCAUUUUCAAAAUCCAAUCCAGAACUUCUUUCUUAAAAUAGUAUUCUCUGCUUCAAAAUACUUUGGAUUAUAGAGACUAUUGUACUUACUUAAUUUGGUGUAUUCUUAAGGUGAUAAUUAUAAAUUUCAAUUUUUAUAAGCUGUUGUGUAGUACUAGAAGAUGAAAGCAUUUUUAUUAAAAAGCGAAUAAAUUCUUCAGUCGAG